ACGCAAAGGCAAAGGGGUCAGGAGGAGGAGAAACCACGUGUUUGCCAUGUCCAGCUUUGACUGUCCUUCCUAUGUAGACUUGUUUUUGUAAGAUCGUACCCUCUGCAUGUAACUGGCUAGCCCGUUAGCUAAGAAGAAGCAUUUCACAGAUUAACAUAGCAAUUUUGAGCAACAUAUUUCUGUUGCCACCUUUAAGCUAACUAGCUGCCACACUGACUGCCAAAUAAUGGUGAGCAAGACGGAUGACAUCCAGGCGUCAGUACCCAACUGUAAUGUUAACACAGUUGAUCUUGCAGAAGGAGAAACGCCAGACCACCAAGAGACCAAGGCACCAAAAAAGGAUCCUUGUGCGUGUGGGCACAGUGCAAGCGCAGUGGUGAUGAAUGGGGGCGGGGCCCACUAUCAUUCGGAGGAGGAGUCCAAGCAGGAUGGGGGUGGUGACAUGGACGGUGUGGAGGAUUCUAACGAACAGGAAGUGAUUGUGAUUCAGGAUACAGGGUUCACCGUGAAGAUCCAGGCACCCGGGACGGAGCCUUUUGACCUCCAGGUUUCACCCCAGGAGAUGGUGCAGGAGAUCCACCAGGUGUUGAUGGACCGUGAGGACACCUGCCAUCGUACUUGUUUCUCCCUGCAGCUGGACGGCAAUGUGCUGGAUAACUUUGCUGAGCUCAAAUCCAUCGAGGGCCUGCAGGAGGGCUCCCUUCUCAAAGUAGUGGAAGAGCCCUACACAGUGCGCGAGGCCCGUAUCCAUGUGCGUCAUAUCAGAGACCUGCUGAAAAGCCUGGACCCAUCUGAUGCCUACAAUGGAGUGGACUGCAACUCUCUCUCAUUCCUCAGUGUCUUCACCGACGGGGACCUAGGAGACAGUGGUAAGCGGAAGAAGAAGGGCAGUGAUCUGGAGCAGAUAGACUGUACCCCUCCAGAACACAUCCUGCCUGGCAGUAAAGAACGCCCCCUGGUGCCCCUCCAGCCACAGAACAAGGACUGGAAGGUAAUAAUGACGCCCAUGCAGUGCCUGAAGGUCCUGACUAUGAGUGGCUGGAACCCCCCCCCUGGCAACAGGAAGAUGCAUGGUGAUCUGAUGUACCUGUAUAUGGUGACUGUUGAGGAGAGACACAUCAGUAUCACUGCCUCCACACGUGGCUUCUACCUCAACCAGUCAACCACCUACACCUUCAACCCCAAGCCAGCCAAUCCCAGUUUCCUGAGCCACUCGUUGGUUGAGCUGCUGAGCCAGAUUAGCCCUGCCUUCAAAAAGAACUUCACUGUCCUGCAGAAGACAAGGGUCCAGCGGCAUCCGUUUGAAAGGAUAGCCACACCCUUCCAGGUGUACAGUUGGACCGCCCCCCAGGUGGACCACACCAUGGACUGUGUCAGAGCUGAGGACGCUUACACCUCCCGUCUAGGCUACGAGGAACACAUACCUGGACAGACGCGAGACUGGAAUGAGGAGUUGCAGACGACCAGAGAGCUGGCCCGGAAGAACCUGCCUGAACGCCUGCUGAGAGAGAGGGCCAUCUUCAAGGUCCACAGUGACUUUGCGGCUGCUGCUACUCGGGGUUCCAUGGCGGUGAUCGACGGCAACGUCAUGGCCAUCAACCCUGGCGAGGAGACACGUAUGCAGAUGUUUAUCUGGAACAACAUCUUCUUCUCCCUGGGCUUCGAUGUCCGUGACCACUACCGCGAGCUGGGCGGGGAUGCUGCCGCGCACGCUGCGCCCACCAACGACCUCAACGGUGUCCGGGCUUACGGGGCCGUAGACGUGGAGGGGCUGUACACCCUGGGGACUGUGGUGGUGGACUAUCGGGGUUACCGUGUCACGGCCCAGUCGAUCAUCCCUGGCAUUCUGGAGAGAGAGCAGGAGCAGAGCGUUAUCUACGGGUCUAUCGACUUUGGGAAGACAGUAGUGUCUCAUGGGAAGUACCUGGAACUUCUGGAGAGGACCAGUCGACCACUCAAGGUCCAGAGACACAAUGUGCUGAAUGAGAAGGAUGAGUCUGUGGAGCUGUGUUCCUCUGUUGAGUGUAAGGGCAUAAUUGGCAACGAUGGACGCCACUACAUCCUGGACCUUCUGAGGACCUUCCCUCCCGACCUGAACUUCCUGCCUGUGGAAGGGGAGGAGCUUUCCCCUGAGAGUGUGAGACAGGGUUUCCCCCGCCAGCAUCGCCACCGUCUGGCCUGCCUCCGACAGGAGCUCAUUGAGGCCUUUGUCGAGCACAGAUACCUCCUCUUCAUGAAGAUGGCAGCACUCCAGCUGAUGCAGCAGAAAGCCAACAAUGAGAGCAAGAUUGCCACCCUGACAGAGAAUAACAGCCCCGAGGCAGCCGUUCCAGCCCUGCCCUCCACGGAGAACCCCGACGCUUCAGCGAAGUCCACAGAAACCCUCAAUGACGGCAAGUCCGACGUAGUCCAGAUAGAGACCACCUCUACCUCUGAUGCCCCUCAGCCAGCAGCAACAGAAGCCACAACCACAGAAGCAGCCCCCAAGGCAGAACAAACAACAGAAACGGACAUUCCCUCUGCUGCAGCAACAACCAUGACUGCCUCCCAGGCAACCCCUACAGAGGAUAAUGUGGUUCCCACGGUGACCACCAAUGGGCCAUUGGUGCCCGUUGCCACAGCGAUUCAGAACGGGGAGUGCGAGAGCCCUCUGGAGGGUAAGGCUGAGGAUAGUAUCCCGGGCUUAGCCCAGGCCAAAGAGCUGGCUGAGUCCUUAGCCGCGGAAGAUGGAUCCGGUAUCGACCCUAAAAGCCGAGAAGUUGUCCUCAACGCCUGCAAGGCCGUGGGUUCCAUCAGCAACACCUCCUUCGACAUCCGCUUCAACCCAGACAUCUUUUCUCCAGGAGUGCGUUUCCCUGAGGACAGUGUGGAUGACAUUCAGAAACAGAAGCAGCUGUUGAAGGAUGCUGCAGCCUUCCUGGUGUCCUGUCAGAUCCCCUCUCUGGUGAAGGACUGCCUGGACCACAGUGCUCUGCCUAUGGAUGGAGCCACGCUGACUGAGGCUCUGCACCAGAGGGGCAUCAAUGUGCGUUACCUAGGCAACGUGCUGGAGUUUGUGGACAAGACCCCAGCCAAGGCACAGUUGGAGCACUUCUAUAGAAUAGGUAUCAACGAGUUGAUCACCAGAUGUGCGAAACAUAUCUUCAAGACAUACCUCCAGGGUGUGGAGUUGUCGGCCCUCUCAGCUGCUGUCAGCCACUUCCUCAACUGCUUCCUGUCAUCCUUCCCUGAUGCCGUGGCACAUCUGCCUGCCGACGAGCUCGUGUCGCGCCGUAAGAACCGUAAACGCCGUAACCGAGUACCAGGGGGAGGGGACAACACGGCGUGGGCCAGCCUGACACCCAGUGAGCUGUGGAAGAACAUAGUCUCUGAGGCCCAGAGCUACUACAACUUCACCCUGCACUGUGAGAAUGCUGACCAGGUAGUGGAGAAAUACGGCCUUCAGAAGAUCACCCUGCUCAGAGAAAUCUCCAUCAAAGCUGGCAUCCAGAUCCUGAUAAAGGAGUAUAACUUUGACAGUCGCCACAAGCCUGCCUUCACAGAGGAGGACAUCCUUAACAUCUUCCCUGUGGUGAAGCACGUCAACCCCAAGGCCUCCGAUGCCUUUCACUUCUUCCAGAGUGGACAGGCCAAGGUUCAGCAAGGUUACCUUAAGGAGGGCUGUGAGUUAAUCAACGAGGCUUUGAACCUGUUCAACAACGUGUACGGGGCCAUGCACGUGGAGAUCUGUGCCUGCCUGCGUCUGCUGGCUCGCCUUAACUACAUCAUGGGAGACCACCAUGAGGCUCUCAGUAACCAACAGAAGGCUGUCUUGAUGAGUGAGAGGGUUUUGGGCGUCGAGCACCCCAACACUAUCCAGGAAUAUAUGCACUUGGCUCUGUACUGCUUUGCCAACGGUCAGCUGUCCACUGCCCUGAAGCUGCUGUACCGUGCCCGCUACCUCAUGCUGAUGGUGUGUGGGGAGGACCACCCUGAGAUGGCGCUGCUAGACAGUAACAUUGGCCUGGUGCUGCAUGGAGUAAUGGAGUACGACCUGUCUCUGAGGUUCCUGGAGAACGCCUUGGCCAUCAACUCCAAAUACCACGGACCCCGCUCCCUCAAAGUAGCCCUCAGUCAUCAUCUGGUUGCGAGGGUUUACGAGAGCAAGGCGGAGUUCCGCUCUGCGCUCCAGCACGAAAAGGAGGGCUACACAAUCUACAAAAACCAGGUGGGAGAGGCCCACGAGAAGACUAAAGAGAGCUCAGAGUACCUGAAGUACCUCACACAGCAGGCUGUGGCUUUGCAGAGAACCAUGAACGAGAUCUACAAGAACGGCUCCAACGCCAGCAUCAUGCCACUCAAGUUCACAGCACCCAGUAUGGCCAGUGUUCUGGAACAGCUCAAUAUUAUCAACGGCAUCAUCUUUAUACCACUCAGCCAAAAGGACUUGGAAAACCUGAAGGCGGAGGUUCAGCGGCGGCAGCAGCUUCAGGAGUCAGGAAAAAGCAUGGAGGAGCUCACUGUGGACGAUCCACUAGAGCUGGAGGACAAAAUACCCAUGGACGUUAAUGUUGAUUAAUGUCAAACCCUCCAUACCACACUACUUUCUACAAGGGAACAGAUGUGAUGCAACAGCCAUCUCCUUGAAUGAGCAUGUGGACCUGAGAACUGAGCUGUCUAAAAAUUAACAAUGAAAACAAGAAGGGUGAAGGGUUGUUUGGGGCAGUCAGAGAAACAUCUAUGUAUACAGUGGGUAGAGUGUUUAUAAGAGGAGCUUCAAGGAGUAACAGAGCAAGAGUUACAGUAAUAUACAGAGGUAGGAGAAUUUAAUCAAAAGAUAAUAUAGAAUCCAUGUUCAAUCUGAAAGCCCGUAGCCUCUAGCUUUGGUAAAGAAACAGAAGGAGUAAGUAUGUGGCUGUGUGUGAAAGCGACCAAGGACGACCAUGACAUUGUAUUACCAGAGCCUUAUCCACUGUUCAUCCCACUCCACAUCAGCCAACUGUUCCCUUUACCCUCUUCAACUUUUAGCCGAAGGACCACGGUUUACCCCUGCAACACUUCCAAUAAUCCUAAGAGAGCCACCGAGGCAACUAGGGCUUCCGGUUUCACCAUGGUCCCAUGUUGCCUCGAAAUAACAACUGACACCCUGUCCCAAAACUCGGGAAUUUUGUAAAAAUAUUUGUACUGUGAACUAGAUCAGACUAAGAAGCAGUAAUUAAAUUAACACUAUAUUCUUUCAUGUUGGGCUUCAGAUUGGAAGUUCUCUUCUCGUGCGUUUAGUAUUGUUAAACCUCACCUCCAGUCAUCCAUUUAGUCGCUAGUGUUCCUUAUGGUCAGUCAAACUAUUUGUGUUUCUAUUUAUCCCAGGUGGGUGGCUGCUUUGUCCUUUGGUUCUAUCACAGCGAUCAAACAGUGACGCGUGUGUGCUCUCAAACAGUAUUUUAGAAUUAUUUGUUAUACCUUUUUUUCUGUAAACAUGUAUCUUUUUGUAAAAUCAAAAUGGAAGGGGGAGAAAAGAUUUUUAGGUCUGUCAAUUAUCCAUUAAUUGAAAGGUAGAAUCAUUCAUUUCUGCAACAGCUAAAAGCUUUGAAGCACGAGGCUAAACUCACCCACUGUUUUGGUCCGGUACCUACCACACACUAACAGCGUGACACGAACCCAUGCACAUGCACUGAUACUGUGUUGGCGCGAAGUCUUGGAUCUCGCUCAUCGCAGUAUCUGCGGUCCUGCGGACCCAAUUCACUGACUCUACCUUUAAGCCAUGUCUGUUUUUAUAGAAAAUAUGAGUGGAAAAUAUGUAUAAAUAGAUCUGUCUUUGGGGUUUAGACAGGUACUUGAUCAAUGUUGAUGGAAAUGCAGAUAUGAAACGUCCAACUAUGGCUUGAGCAGUAGACUCUAUAGGUCUCUUAUAUUAGAUGUGUCCAGUCUUCUAUUUUUCCACUUUUAAAGAAUGUGUGCAUGUAUGUUUGUGUAGUCUAAAAGAAGGAAUCAGAUAUGGCCAUGGUUUGUAACACUUCUGCUACUUCAUAGUGUAAUGGCUAGGUUGGGUAAGCCACGACCUUCCAAAUGUUUUAUAUUUUAUACACAAAGGCUGUGUUGACACCGGAAGGCCAAUUCAGGUAUUUUGCCCAAUUAUUUGGUGGCUCCCGAGUGGCGCAGCUGUCUUAAGGCACUGCAUCUCACUGCAAGUCCCUGGUUCGAAUCCAGACUGCUUCACAUUCGGCCGUGGCCGGGGUAGGCUGUCAUUGUAAAUAAGAAUUUGUUCUCAACUGACCUAGUUAAAUCGAGGUUAAAUUUAAAUUGACAAAAAGAUCAGAAUUGGCUGCCUGUGUAAACUCAGCCAUCGUAAAAUCAUGGGACCGCUAAUAUAAACUUGUAUGUAACAUUCUUGGCCAGCGAUGAUGUAAAUCUGCUCAUAAGAAGUGAUUGUGAGAAACUUCACCCUAUAAUUUGAUAGAUUAGACAGACUAAACACAGCACCACCAAAAGUGGAUUGAGUAAGGCUGCUUCAAUAUACCAAAAAGGACUGAUAGCGGUGUGUGUGCGCUUGUGUACAUGCAAUGUGACCGACCUUCCCUUGCAAAUGUCUUUCUAAAACAUUUUGCGCGGUCUAAAUGUAUGUGACUAAAGCAAUAUAGAAGAUGCUGGAACUAAUUAUUUUGAAGUGCUGCACUUGUGUUGCUGCAAGACAAACAGCUGUCAUUGUAAGUAAAAGGUUGUCAAAGAGAGAGGGGAAAAACACUUACUAUAAUUAAUUUCUUGAUUAUUAUGCUCCUGAAAAAAAUGGUGGUACAAUAAUACAACGUGGUAUGUGAUUUGUGCCUAAUUUAGGCUUCAAAUGGAACCAGGGUGUUAAUGGUUUUCUAGUCAGCCCUUCAAAGCUUGUUUUAAAUUUUUUAUUUUAUUUUGGUUUCUUUUCAUUUGUAUUUAUGUUUGUCAUAGGGCCAUCACUGGUUUCCUUUUUGAAGUGUAUCUGCAUUUCCUUCCUCCCCUCAGGUUCAACUUCCUCCUUUAUGAAUGUCAGUCCUGUCUUGCAGUAACCUUAGUGGCCAUGGGGCGGUGCACUAGAGUACUUCCUUUGGAACCAUCGGAAACAAAUGAAAAGGCUUUAUUAAUAUGAAAAUGUUUUUGUCCCAUAAGGAUGUUCAAAUGGAUAUGUCCAGGCUAGUGUGUAACUAUUUCAUAUGUUUCUCAUUCGAUUGACUUUGAGGGAAGCAAAAUAAACAAGUAUUUGAUUGAAUUGAUGAUGACGUGAACCUGAAAAAUUGCAAAGGCUGCUACUUGAUGUACAUUGGUGAACUUGUUGAAACCCUGAGGUCUAUUGUUUGAGAUUUAGACAUUUCUGAUAGAAUAAACUCGUUGAGAGUGAUCAAAAAUGCUUUUGUCUCCCUAGAGAUCUAUUUUUCUUCUUCCAUGGAUCAUCAAAUCAUAGUGCUUCUAUUCUAUUUCAUCACCAAGGCACGAAUUCUUGUUGUUAAGCUGUAAUUAUGUUGUAAUUGUGUAGUAAUAUACCUCUUGAUACAUUCAAGUAAUUGCAUGAGAAAAUUAUUUGACUGUUCUUUAGAUUCAUUCAGUAGGGAGUGACAGACCUCCGGAUUAUUUUAUCAAAGCAAAGACCAUUUAUAAUUUUCUCAAUUUAACAUUUUCAAUUUCCAGAUCAUUCAUAUUACAUAUUGCUUCAUCUUAUGUAAACCCCUUGGUUUGUAUGGAUGGAUGUCUUUAUAUUCGGAAUGUUUCCAAAUGUAGAUUACAAAACUAAACCUGAAUGUUGAGUGAAAUGUUUGUGCAAAAUUACAUUUUGGGAGUUUAUAAGGCCAUAAGGCAUUGGAGAAGUCACCUGAACACUCAAAGCUCUUCAAAUUACUCCCAGCACUUCAUCGAUGUCAAACAUAGGAGACUGUUAUUACGUACAUUUACACACAUGCAUUUUGUGUUCUCCCCAAUUUUAAACAAAAAUGUGUAUUUGUCAAGAUGACACAUCUAUUUACCAAAACGUCACACAAGAAGCCACCAAUAGAUCUGUCCAUUUACUACUUAAAUGUACUUUUGGCUCUGACCAAGAUUUCAUACAUCUACUGAGCUGGGUUGUCUGCCCUCUUGUCUAGUGGGGAGAAAAAGAGGUCCUAUGGGACAAAGACAGUACAUAUCUGGUCUCUAUCACCUCAGUGUAGAUGGAUGUCUAAUGCACACUGAUCAUCUUGCAUUGUCUCUGUGUGGAACUCAAAAUGAGGGUUUGUUCUUCUGUUUUCUCUUUUCUUGAACUGACAAGAUUUAUUCUGCACAUUCUAGUGUUAAAGUCUGCUUCCCUUGCUGUGUGGUACCUAUCUGUUGCUCUUUACUAAAUAACAAUCUAAUUAUUUUUGGUCAGAGUAUGCUUUUGUAUUAAAAUUAAUAAAGAAAACUAGCAAAUAA